UGGCUCCUUAGAGAAAUUUUAAAAUUGCGAUUUCAAGUUGUCAUCUUUUUCUGUGACUGGGGAAAAAUAUCUGCACAGUAGCUCUCUAAAAUUUGGUGAUCUAUUUAACCUAUAUGUAGAGAGUGAAAACAAUAUUAUUCAGAAUGAAUUUUUCCACAGUUUACCGGCUUUUUCAUUUUUCAAGAAAUUCUAUAAUACCGAUUCAAUAUACAAUACAAACUAAAAAUUAUGCUAAACCAGUAAUCCAGGCAGGAAUGAAAAAACCAAGAAAAUCAAUGGUUGCUGUAGAGAAGAAAGUAUUACCUGUAGAAACAGAUGUUAAUAGACUCCUGACUUAUGUAUGUGGUACAAAUAUUUUUAAAGAAGGGGGAGAAGAUGUCAAGAUAAAGCCAGAUUCUGAGUAUCCUAGUUGGUUAUGGACUAUCAGAACUGGUCCUCCACCUUCUUUGGAAGAAUUAGAUCCAAAUACAAAACAGUAUUGGAGAAGGCUGCGAUUACUCGGAUUAAAAAGGAAUAAUAGAGAAAAAGCAACUAAAAAAUUUUAAUGUAUCAUGUAAAUAUGUAUUAUACACAUAUAUAAUUACAAUUUUAUCAGUGUUGAAUAUUAUUACUUUUAAAUUGUAAAUUAACAUGAAAGACGCAAUAAAUGAUAAAUAAAAAUAA